CGGAAACAUUUCCCAAAAAAAUUCUUUAAUUUUUUCGUAAUUUCCUAGUUUUCUUAAAAAUUUAGAAUAAGAUACGGUCAUUCGAGAUUCAUUGAAUAUUCCUUGUGGCAGUGUUUUGAGUAGGAGGGUCCCCUCCCAUGCCGUGUUCUUUUUGCGCUAGUCGAGAUUAGUUGAUUAUUGAGAUAUCGGUUGUGAUAAGCGAAAGUUUUGGAGAUUUGGGAAUAGUUAGUGGGUUUUGGGGUUUUGAUACGAGAUUGCUUCCGGAAUCAGUUAUCGGCAAACAACACAGCAGAAAAAUGGGAGAUUAUGAUUGGACGGAGCAUCAUCGUCAGCAGGUUUUGCAAGGACGCCAGAUAUUGGAGCGAACCUCCGCAAGCCUCGCCCGUUCGAACCAGAUCGCAAUCGAAACCGAACACACCGGCCAUGAGGUAAUCUCGGAGCUGGAAGUUCAGCGGGAAUCCCUACUACGCAGUCAACGGCGGCUGGAGAAUGCGAACGAACAUCUCAGCAAAUCUGGUGCCAUCCUACGUGCGAUGAAACGGAACCUUCUUUACAACAAGCUCAUACUGAUUCUCAUCAUCGUAAUGGAGGUAGUGAUCCUCGCCGGUAUGAUCUACUUGAAGUUUAUCAGCUAAUGCACCCUGUGAUACGGGAGACU